AUGCCUGAGGUAGAUUCCACCUUACGUCUGAUAGGUCAGUGGAAGUACAUCAUUACCACUGAUCUUACUAGUGCAUUUUACCAAAUUCCCCUUUCCAAAGAAUCGAUGAAAUACUGUGGUGUUUCUACGCCAUACAGAGGAACUUGUGUUUACGUACGUUCAGCUAUGGGCAUGCCUGGCUCAGAGACAGCAUUGGAGGAGCUAAUGUGCCGUGUUCUGGGCGAACUCCUACAAGCAGGAGCAGUUGCUAAGUUAGUUAGCUGAUGACUUAUAUUGUGGUGGAAAUACUCCAGCUGAGCUGCUCGAUAAUUGGACAAAGUUAUUGUCAGCCCUUCACAAGAACAACCUGCGUCUCUCGGCUUCCAAGACUGUAGUCAACCCAAAAUCCACGACGAUCCUGGGUUGGACUCGGUCACAAGGUAAACUCUCAGCAAACCCACAUCGUUUAUUCGUGCUAUCCUCAUGUCACCCUCCAGAGAAAGUGAAGCAAAUGAAGUCAUUCAUUGGGGCGUAUAAGGUUUUGGCACGGGUGAUCCCUGCAUGUUCAUCUCUCCUUGCUCCUCUUGAUGCCAUUUACAGACUUCCAUCUACCGAGGCGGUUUUGUGGACAGACGAGCUACGCACAGCUUUUACCGCUGCUAAAAAGGCACUUUCAUCUUCCCAUUCAAUUACACUUCCAAAGCUUGAUGAUCAAUUGUGGAUAGUAACCGAUGGAGCACUUCGCAAGCCUGGUAUUGGUGCCACUUUGUAUGUGACUCGUCAAGACACCCUUCACCUUGCUGGUUGUUUCAGUGCAAAGAUACGAAACCAUCAGUCUUUCUGGCUUCCUUGUGAGGUCGAAGAUUGGUUAUUGCCACUGCUGUGAAACCUUUUUAGUCCAUACCUCGUCCAGUCUACCAGCAAGGCAUGUGUCCUCACCAACAGUAAACUGUGUGUGCAGGUAUACCAGAAGUUAUGUAGAGGUGAAUUUUCCACCAGUCCUCGUGUAUCUACAUUCCUAUCCACCAUUAGCAGGUACCAGGUUCUAGUUCAACACAUUGCUGGCGUAUCCAUUCUCCCAUCCGACUUUGCAAGUCGUAAUGCUCCCGAGUGCAGAGACAUGGCUUGUCAAGUAUGUAAUUUCAUAAACACUACACAGUCAUCAGUUAUUUGUCGCACAUCUGUGACUGAAAUCCUGUCUGGUAAAACACACCUUCCCCUCACAAGUAGAGCUGCUUGGCUGUCUAUACAGGCAGAAUGUCCAGAUUUAUGCAGGACUCAUGCCCAUUUACGACAGGGGACACGUCCUUCAAAGAACAUUACAAAUAUUAAAGAUGUUAAGCAUUACCUUAAUGUCACCACUAUCGCAAGAGAUGGUCUCUUCGUCGUUAAGCGCAGUGAGCCACUUUUACCGACACGAGAAUGCACUGUCGUACCAUGACAAGUCUUAGAUGGCCUCUUGACCGCACUCCAUAUUCAACUUAAUCAUCCCUCUGCUCACCAACUAAAAAUGGUUACUCGUCGCUAUUUAUUCGCUCUGGAUAUGGACAAAGCUAUAGAGCGUAUUACAGAUGGAUGUCAUCACUGCGCUUCCCUGAUCAGAUGUCCACAUACUACAGUUGAGCAGUCUACUACACCUUACACCUUUGCCCGAGACAGUCGGAGUGUCCUUUGCUGCAGAUGUAAUUAAGCGCAGCCGCCAACUAAUUUUGGUUCUCCGUGAAUGUAUUACGUCCUUUACCACAACAACAUUAAUUCAGGAUGAACGUCACCAAUCUCUACGUGAUGCGUUAGUUGGUCUGUGUAUUGAAUUACGUCCUUUAGAUGGUCUCCCUGCCGUUAUUAGAACAGAUCCAGCCCCUGGUUUGAAGGCCUUAGUUAACAACCCACUCCUGCAUAGUCACCGCCUUUCCAUUGAAAUAGGUCAAGUGAAAAACAGCAAUAAGAAUCCUGUGGCAGAAAGAGCUGUUCAAGAGCUGCAGAACGAGCUUCUUCGACAAGACCCCUCAGAUGGGUAUGUAUCACCAUUAGCCCUUUCAACAGCCACUACAAGCCUGAACUCCUGAAUACAAAGCUGUGGUCUGCCCGCCAGGGAAAUGUGGUAUCAACAAGAUCAGUUCUCUAACUCACAGCUGCCCAUUGAUGACCGUCAGUUGAUAACAAGCCUGCACGAGACACACGUAAAAAAUCAUCCCUAUAGUGAAAAAUCUAAAGCUCCGCAUGGAAAAAUGUUGCUGCCUCCCUAUUUACAUAUUGGCGAUCUUAUCUAUCUGUAUGCUGACCAUGACAAGUCAAGUGCAAGGGAUCGGUAUCUUAUCGUAUCUGUAGACGGACAAUGGUGCAAUAUCCAGAAAUUUUGUGGUUCACAGAUACGCAACACUUCAUAUCGAGUAAAACGUAACAAGUGCUAUAAAGUGCCUCCUGCAGUACAAGCCAACCCCAAACGGUACCUCACAGAUAACAUGUCCAACGACAAAGAACUGUACCUUCCUUCCUCAUCUCCACCCCCUCUAAUGACCAUUCCACAGGAAAUAUUGACCCCUCCUCAGAAAACCUUAACUCCACCGACUGCUCAGCCAGAAGAACCAUAA